CAGCCAUGUUUUUGGCCUUUUCCAGAAGUCACCUGCGAAGUUGUGCGAAAGGGCACGUACCGCGGAUCAGCGUUGGUACAGCUACCCGGUAUACACAUGUCCGCGACUGUAAAGGGUCACCUCCGGUCUGUCGCCACACCAUUCAGCUGACAACCGCUAGAACGGAAAUCAAAACUCUUCAGCGAUCGAAAGCGAAGUUUUCUUCGCCCUGCCCUCGGCCCGAGUGUGUGCACUUCUUCGUCGAGCAAGUUGUGGAGCCAGCGUUUCCCACAAGUCUGCCAUUCAUUAACAAACUAACUGCAAGGACGAACAAGACUCCAGUGAACAGACCAACCGUGAACAUCUCGAACUAUCAGAUACACACAUUGAGUCGCAUUUUGACUGACGGGGUUAGUAUUGGCCUUCACUCGAGAUUAAAGGGAUACUGUACUGCACCUGGAAAACCGGUUAAAGAAGAUCAGAAAAAUCAAGAAACUAAUCAAUGUGAAUCCUCAUCUUCAUCUCCUCCAUCUAACGAAGUGCAGUUUAAAGAGCUGUAUGAAAAUCCAUGGACGAUCCCCAACAUCCUUUGCAUGGCCAGGAUUGUCCUGUCUCCUGUCCUGGGUUAUUUAAUCAUGGAACAGUAUUUCCAUGCGUCUCUUGGACUGUUCGCUUUAGCAGGAGCGACUGACGUGCUGGACGGCUACAUUGCACGAAACUGGCCAAACCAGAAGUCGGCUCUGGGUAGCGCUCUGGAUCCGCUUGCUGAUAAGAUCCUUGUUAGUGUGCUGUACAUCAGUUUGACCUAUGCACAGCUCAUCCCAGUUCCACUGACAGCACUGGUGAUCGCCAGGGAUGUUGCUUUAAUUGCUGCAGUUUUCUAUGUCCGUUACAAAACUGUCCCUCCUCCAGUAACUCUCAGCAAGUUUUUCAACCCAUGCUACACUACUGCCCAACUUAAACCAACUCUUAUUAGCAAGUUCAACACUGCAAUCCAGCUGAUUCUGGUGGCUGUUUCUCUCGCUUCUCCCAUUUUUCACUACACUGACAGUGUUUUCUUGCAGUCGCUGUGGUAUGUCACUGCACUGACGACUGUAGCAUCUGGAUACAGCUACUACCAUUAUGGAAGAAAAACUGUUGAAGUAUUGAACAAGAGAAAGUAGUUCUCAUGUGUCUGUACUGUAACUUGGUAGUGCUUCCAGCUGAAUAAGUUUGGGAAUCAUUUUACUGACAGUGUGUGUAUGUGCUUUAAACUGAUGCCGAGGUCCAGUUUUCUUUGGAGCUAAAUGUAUUACUGUACAGCAACCUUUUGAAUCAAAUUAUUUUGAUAUCAUGGUGCGCCAUAGUGGUCUAAUAUAUCCAGUCGGUACACAGUCUAUACUUCUGUAGAAUGUUAUUUUUUACCUUUUUUUGAAUCGCCACCACAUUUUUCUGAUUAAAAACGGACUUCAAAACA